CCUCCGCUUACAUACUUACAUAAUCAAGCUUUCUUCUUCAAAAUUAAAGUUCAUGAAGAUGAGCUUAGAUUGAACUAAAAAGAGAAAGAAUUUUGAUAGAAAAAGAAAAAAAGAUUUGCGUAUACAUAUGGAAUUGGAAAGAAAGAAAGAAAGAUCAAAUAGGUUUUAAUGAAACUUGGAUGCGAUAUAGUCAAGCAAAUAACUCAAUAUAUAAAGACAAUCCUCAAUCGUUUCUUAUUUCUUUAAGCAUCGUAUCUUUUCUUCAACACAUCAUUCAAAUCGAUAUAAGAUCUAGUUAUAUCUAUUGAUUUACCCUUAAAAUCAAUUCUUUAUAAUCUUACAGCAAGAAACUGCUUCUUUCUAUUUACAAGUUCUUACUUACCUAUACACAUUAACGAUCAUGUUUCUUAAAUCCAUUCUCUUAAACUCAGUUUUACUUUUACUACAAGUACAAAGUUCUCCAGUUGUUCAAACUACUCCAACAAAGAGUCUUUCAACCAAUAAAACUUCUUCUGUCAAAAACUCUACAACUACUAGUACUACUAAAACCAUCACUUCACCAUCAAAGAGUUCUUCAAACCUUACAUCUAAGACUACUCCUUCCAAAAUCAUUCCAGUCGUCAUAACUCCUCCUCCUUCUACUGGUUUCUUAUGUGCUGCUAAAGCUUAUCCUUUAGCAAACUGUGGUAUAGUCAAUCAACAAGGUAACAUUAGAUCUGUACCUGCUGAUAUUAUAACGAUCCAUAAUGUUACCCAUUAUUCUUGUGAUGAAGUUUUUCAAGAAGAAACUUUAGGCGGUUAUUGUUGUCAAGUUAUGCUUAGACAAGGAGCUAAAUAUUGCAAAGCUGCAGUCGUCCAGAUCCUUACUUAAAUUGCUUUUACAUUCGAGUUCUUUUCUCUCAUGAUCUUUUUGUCUCCUGACUGUUUUGACGGAUCGUUGUGUAUGAUAUCACUAUGUUGAUCAAGGUAUCAUCGUCAGGGUAGACUAGGGGAUAUUGAACUCGUUCGGUUUUGACUUUUUUUUCACCAGUUUUGUUGUAUACCUUUGAUUACUUUUUUUUCCUCGAAUACUUUAACGACAAGCAUGAACCAAGAAAUAUAAGAAACAUGAGGACGAUGAUCACUGAAUUCUAAAUGACCUAACCUUACAUAAAGUUCCCAGAUCAACUAUUCUUUUAUUACUCUUCUCAUCUUUGAUUCUUUAGGUUAGUUUUAAGUUUCUUUUCAUACAGCAAGAUAUAAAAUAAUGUCAAAGAAAAGAGAAAUAAAAGUAAGAUUACUGUUUGUAUAUUAUAAAUGAUAAAAAAUGAUAAUAAAGGAAAAUCUUAAAGAAUGAUCAAACGACAAGAAAAGUUCCAUUUAUU